AUGAUUAUAAUCCUUCUCUUGGCCAUAAUUCAGGCCCAGGCCCUAGUGCAGGCUCAAGAAUGGGUCUCCCCGGCCCAUCAAGCCGCUGCAAACUUUGCUGCAACUUACAAAUCUCGAGCUCAAACAUAUAACUUGACAGUUGCUAGUUGGAUGAUUGAAAAUGAUUUCGAAUUCAAAUUUUCCAACGGAACCCGUAAGUCCAAAUGGCAAUAUAUCAAUAGUUUGCAAAAUCAUGAGCAUUUUCCACGCGGCAUCUAUUCCGCACAAUUGCGCGAGAAAGACGGUGCGGACAUCGGUGCGGAUCUCAUCGCAAAACACAUUGUCAGCGCCACACUUUACACAUAUUUCUUCCGGAAAUACAGUAACCUGCCCGGCGAAUACAUGUUGAUGAGGGCGGAAAAAACAAUUCUGAACGCGUUGCAUCACGCUGUCAUAUUUGAGGAUGAGUUAGAGAAACUUGUGCAUGGCGGAGUUGAAGCGGUUGAGGUGUUGCGGAAGUAUUUCACGGAGGAUUUCGAGUUUGUGAAUCUCGAUGGGAAGAAAUAUCAGGCUCGUGAGUUCACGGGCUUUUGAAUGAGACCAAAAAUGAUUUAGGCAAAGUUUCAGAAAAAUUUAGACCCUUUUGCCACGUGGAAAUUUGAAUUGUGGUGUCAAAAUUCCAUUUUGGCGCGAAAUUCAAAAAUUCAAAAAUGUCAAUUUUGCCGCCAAAAAUUACACGUUUUUUGACACCAAAUAUGAUUGGAGAAAUUUUUGGCGCGAAAUUCAAAAAUUUCAAAUUUGGCGCCAAAAAUCCACGUGGCUCAAUUUCCUAUGAAUCUUGAAUAAAAUUAGACCACGCCCCCAAAACCAUGCCGUACCUUAAAAUCUUAUCAUAAUUUCAUUUUCAGUCCCAUUCAUCAGCCGUUUCCUCAAAGAGCAUCCGAACAAUUAUUUCAACAAUCCGAAAAAUGCGAAAUCCGAUGCCAACCGAAAUCUGAUCGUGACUCAUGUUAUAGAUCAUCACGAUUUUGUUUUUGUCUAUGUUCCGGCACCGCAAUUGGCUGCGAAAUAUCAGAUUAAGAAAAUUUCAGCGGCUGAAAAUCAAUUCGACUUGUUUUUCUGA